AUGGAGACGGUCCGGGUGUUUAACCAGGAGCUAUCCGGGCUGUAUGAAUCCAAACCGCCGAUAUCGAAGGCCAAAAUGGCUUCGAUUACCCGGAGUGCUAUGAAGGCGAUCAAGUUCUACAAGCACGUUGUGCAGAGUGUGGAAAAAUUCAUCCAGAAGUGCAAAUGCGAGUACAAAAUUCCCGGCCUGUACGUGAUCGAUUCCAUUGUGCGACAGUCGCGUCAUCAGUUCGGACCGGAGAAAGAUGUGUUUGCACCGCGGUUUGCACGCAACAUGGAAUCAACGUUUGCGCAUCUGUUCCGUUGCCCGCCGGAAGAUAAGAGUAAAAUAAUUCGUGUGUUGAACCUGUGGCAGAAGAAUAUGGUAUUUUUGCCAGAAGUCAUCCAACCGCUGUUUGACCUUGCGAAUCCGGACCAUCCGAUCCACCAGCAGUACAAUGCGCAGGUGUUGCAGGAGCAGGGAGCAAAUGGGAUGAAUCCUGGUGGGUUGCCCCAUGACUCACCGGUCGGCGGCUCCAUGGGUGGUGGUAUGGACGAUCAUGGUGGCCAGUUACAGAUGGGUGAAACGAAGCAACUUGAUCCGUCCACCAUCCGACAGCUGCAACAAUUCCAGCAAAUUUUAAUGCGUCAAACGUCUGGCGAUCAGGCUAGCACCGUAUCGAAGGAUCAGGUCAAGUUCAACAAGAAGCUGCUAGAUUUCGACUACGGUAGUGAUGAUGAUGAUGAUAAGAAUUCACCAUCGGUACCCUUACCGGGGAACACCGGUAUGCCGGAUUUAUCCCAAAUGCCCGGUGGCAACAUUGCCCAAAUUUUAUCCGACCCGAAUGUGCUGAAGCAACUGCAGAACCUGCAAAAGCUCAAGCAGCAGGACGAGAAGCAAACCAAGCUGUCCGAGAUGCUGCUCAAGGAGGAAAAGUUUGAGAAACACCUUGCCAGCGUGCUGAUGAAGUUACCGUUUGCCAACGAAUGUGACCUUAGCCGACAACCACCGAUUGAUUUGAAUGCUGGUCACUCGAAGGAUGUUGAUACUGACAACGAUGUGGCGAUAACAGGAGUUGAGAUCCUUGGAGAUCCGUUACCGGUUGGUGGAAGCCGUGGAGGCAUCGGGCUGGGAGGCAGCGGUACUGCUGGUGGGAGCGGAAACAACGAUCGCUACAAAUCAUCAUCUUCAUCUUCGAGGCGUAAGAGCAGAUCACGAUCACCGCGCGAUCGCCGUGGAGGUGGCACCAGUGGACGUGGCGGCCGAGGACGAUCGCAUUCCCGUUCACGGUCCGUAUCGCCAAGAUCAUCUCGAAGGCGAUCGUCCCGCGAUCGUGGCGGAACCUCAACGAAAGAUCGGGAACGGGAGAAGGAACACGAGCGGGAACGCAAAAGGAAAGGAUUGCCAGAAAUGAAGAAAGAGCACCUGAGUGUUUGCAGCACGACACUGUGGGUUGGCCAUCUCUCCAAGCUGGUACAGCAAGAGGAGCUAUCCGAUACAUUCGGUAAAUAUGGUGACAUCGUGAGCAUCGACAUGAUUCCUCCACGAGGCUGUGCUUUUAUCGUUAUGAACCGGCGUCAGGAUGCAUUCAAGUCGAUGCAGAGCCUGAAGAAUCAUAAGAUGCACGGACGUACGAUCACGAUCUCCUGGGCCGCUGGCAAGGGCGUUAAAAGCAAGGAAUGGAAAGACUACUGGGAUUUGGAUCUUGGUGUUAGCUACAUUCCUUGGUCGAAGCUGAGCCCCAACACGGAUCUUGAGUCGCUCGAGGAUGGUGGCAUGUUCGAUGAGGACACAAUGCCCCAGUGGAUGAAGGAAAAAUCAUCCGGCGGAACAGUAGGUCUAGGUUCGGCCGCGGCUGCAGCAGCAGCCGCUGCCAUGGGCCUCAGCUUAGCACCAGGUAUGAAUUUGAAGAAGCUGGAUGGGACCGAGUUAUCCACGGCGGCAGCAGCUGCUGCAGCUGCAGCGGCCGCUGGAAUGUUGAACCCAUCGCUAUUUCCGCUGAGCGCAGUUGAUACGAGCCAACCACCACCAACCGCCAUGAUGGGAAUGGGAAUGCCACCCUUCCCAAUGGGCCCUGUUGCACGAUUACCAAUACAGAUGGGAAUUCCGAUGGGUGCUAAUAUGGUGCCUGGGUUAGGAAUGAACGUGCCUCCUCCCGGUAUGAUGCUAUCAGGCAAUCCACCCCCGCUCCCAAUGGGAGGAUACGGUGUGUUACCUCCACCACCACCCUCGUCAAGUUCAUCUGCCACAGGAAUAAUGGGCAACGGUGGAGGAUCGUCGAACAUGAUGAGUUCCAACAUCAGCAAAUCAUCUGCGGAUGAUAUGGAUAUCGAGAUGGAGGACGAACACUCCUCCAAUCCUGCACCAAUGGUUGGUGGUGGUCAAAGUGCCAGUGCGUUCUUUAAUCAACCACCGCCACCUCUAAUGCCUCCGAGCGCAAAUCUUCCCCCGGGGCCACCGGGUAAUGCUGUCGGUUUCUUUGGUGGUUCAGCGGUUGCUGGAAACAUGCAGGAUAACGGUGGUGGCCCAUUGGAUGUGGGUAGCGAUGAUACGGAAGGAGAUCCCAAUAUGGGAGGUGGUCGUGGAGCAAGAGAUUUCUUGCGAGCCAAUGAAGAUAGCAGAGAACAUCUUCGAGGUCGUGGAGGUGAUCGUAACCGGGAGCAACGCGAUCAACGUGGAGGAGGCGGCUUCGAUCGAGGAGCCGGUGGUGAUGGUGGGGCAAGACGCGACCGUGGGGAGCGUGGUAGUCGUUGGGGUGGUGGAGGUAACAAUUUCCGUGGUGGCGAUGGAGCCAACAAUCAGCAAGAUGAUCGGCCUCUUUCUGAACGGCUACGAGAGCUGGCCGGGGUUUUGGAGUUUAACAAUCAACAGCAGCGCGCCGGUGGAGGUGUUGGUGUGGGUGGUCGUAAUUUUGGACGUGGUGGAUAUGAUGGAGAAGGCGAUUUUGGCAAUCGCGAAGGAGACUUUUCGCGACGCGGUGGAAACUUCCAGCAGAAUCGAUUCAAUAACAACAUUGCGGGUGGAAACGGCGAUGGAGGCGGACGCAAUAUGGGCCGUAAUGGACCGUUCGGCAACCAGCAACAAGGUGGUGGUGGUGGGCGCGGUGGUAAUAGCGGAGGAAUGUUUGGCAAUCGAGCAGGUGGUGGAAGGAACAAUAACCCGCAGCAGCGUGGCGGUCAGUUCUUCAACGAUGAUCGUCAACAGGGUGCGUUCUUUGAUCGCGACGAAGGUAGCAAUGGAUACGAUUCAGGUGGCAAUAAUGGUAACAAUGGCAACAAUCGACGUAACUGGAAUGACCGCGCUGGUGGAGCACGUGGCAACAACAGCAACAACAGCCGUGACGAAGGUAACCGUGGCCGAGGAAGACAACAAAACUGGCGCAGUGGUGACGAAAGUGCUGGAAGUGGUGAUGGCGGUGGUGGCGGUCAGCGAUUUAAUAGCGCCCGAGGUGGAAAUAAUAAUCGCAACCAGGGAGGAGGCAAUCGCCCAGGCGGUGUAGCCCGAUGGGACGAUGAUGACGAAUCUUGGGAUGACGCUAAUAAUAGAUCGACUACCGGACGACCGGCCCAAUUCUCAUCCACUAACCGUCAGCGGAGGAACUCCGAAGGAAAUGAGGAGCAAGACCAACAGCAGCACGAUCAAGAGGCUCGUCAAAAUCGUCGGGAAGGUGGACAGUCGGAAACCGAAGAUAUGACGAUAUGCGAUGAUCAAUCGCGGCAUAGUGAGCACGAUUCGCACAAUGCAAUGAGUAGGCAAAGCGGUGAAGGUGAAAACACGGGCGAUCGUCGGUUCCUACGCAAUCAUCAUCACCGAAACGAUGAUGCCGAUGACGAACGACCUCAGCCUAUUCUCUAUUCGCCAGAACCGGAAGAUGAGCCGGAACACACGAACAACAAUCAGUUUUCUGGUGAAGAUAACACCGCCUAUCGCGAUGAACAAAACGCCCACGAUAAAGUGGAAAGUGGUGAAUUUCGUAAUUCUGACAUGGACGAAAAUAAUCACAGCCGGAAAAAUGCGUCUGGCGAUGAACAUUCUCUCAACAUGAACCACCCACAGGAAGAAAACGUUGAAUUUCGUCGUGUUUCGGAAGAACGUUUCGAAGGCCAACGGGAUGAUUCGGCUUCUGCCGUGGAGAUUAAUGUGAGAGAAGCAGCGAAAGAUUAUUCCCACAAUGAAAGAGAGGAAGAAAGCUAUCUGCCUGCUGUUGAUGAUCGUAAUGAGGCAGUGCCGCCACGUUCAUCUUCUCCGCCAAUGGCCUCCUGCCAGGAACUUAAUGUUGAGCCUAACGUUCAAUCAAACGACACCGAGGAAAAUGAAGCAACUCCCACUGAACCGGAUGCAUGUUGA